AUGUCGGCACAGGAACACAUUGAUCCUCCCUUUGUGAAUCGUACGGACAGCAGCUUUGGGGUCGACGGAGCCUCCACGGUCGGCGACUACUUUGUCACCAGCCGCAAGCGUCUGGAUGCAUCUGCGCGCAGGGAUGAGGAGGAACUUAUCGACGCUGCAAGGGGUCAACCCCUCUCCUCGCAAAGCCGCAAGGCCCUUGAUAGGGCUGAGAAGGAUGCAAUCGCUGAUGACUUGGUCAGCGACACCGUAGAUGGGGUGACCUUUCACCAGCGACUCGCUCCAGUCCUCCGAUUGCUGCCUGGGGCAGUGCCACAGAUAGAGAUCCAGUACAAGAACCUGGUCGUCGAGGCGGAUGCUGCUGUGGGGCUGAGCAACAACCCUAGCCUAUGGAAUUCUGCGGUGGGGGUGCUCAACUCCCUACUCCUGCGAGGCAGGGCUAAUAAGCAGCCCCUGCGCAUCCUCGAUGGCGUGAAUGGGGCGCUCCGGCCGGGUAAACUGACCUUGCUGAUCGGCCCGCCCGGAUCCGGCAAGUCCGUGUUCCUCCAAGCUCUCUCCGGCCGCCUGAAGCCCCAUGGAGGCCUGAGGGUGUCAGGGAGCAUAGAGUACAAUGGGCAGCCGCUGGACAGCUUCAUGGUGCAGCGUGCCGCCGGGCUGGUCGACCAAUACGACCACCACAUCGCCGAGCUGUCCGUGCUGGAGACGCUGCAGUUCGCGCAUGCCUGCCUCACCAACCAGCAGCAGGUGGAUGCCGGCGUGACCGAGCUGGAGAGGAAGCUGGCCGCGAUCGAGGCCAGCACCGUGCGAGAGCAGAAUACCCUCAUUCAGAUGGAGGAGGGGCUGGCGGGCGCCACGAGGUCCGGCCCUGCGGGAGCAGGGCGCGCCGCCCCGCGGGAGAAGGAAGCCUCGCCCGGGCCGGAGCCCCAGACGCUCACCGCGAAUGGAGCGUCGGCCGCGGGCGACACGCCCUUUGCGCGCCAGCCUUUGCCAAUCGGCGGGGCACCAGACGUCGGCACCGAGACGGACGAGGAGUUCAUGGACGCGGCCUCACGCCGUGCCAGCUCAGCGGCCAGCCUCGCCAGCGCGUACACGGAUGCCAGGGAGGUGCUGGGGGAGGGGACGCUCGCCUCUCCCGGUGGGGUCCCCGUCCCCUCCGAGGGAGAGCCCGGGGCGCCAUCACCCGCCGAACUGGCGGCUGAUGCGUACAAGCGCGCCGCGCUCAUGAAGCACUCCUCCACCUACCACCUGGCUGCCCCAAAGCCACUGGAUGCCAAUUUCAUGCUCCAAAUUCUGCAGGUGCUGCGGCACAAGCUGAAGCCCUACAUCAUCAUGAAAGUGAUGGGGCUGAGCCACGCCGCCGACACGCGCAUCGGGGACGGCAUGACGCGCGGCAUCUCUGGGGGGGAGCGCAAGCGCGUGACCACGGGCGAGGUGCUGGUGGGGCCGCAGGCCGUCCUCCUCAUGGACGAGAUCUCCACGGGUCUGGACAGCGCCACCACCUACAGCGUCAUCCGCACCUUCCGCAACGCCUGCCACACGCUGCACCGCACCAUGCUGGUGUCGCUGCUGCAGCCGCCGCCGGAGGUGAUGCGCCUCUUCGACGACCUGCUCAUCAUCACCGACGGCCACGUCAUCUACCAUGGCCCGGUGGAGUCGGUGCUUGGCUUCUUCGCGGACCUCGGCUUCGUCUGCCCGCCCCGCAAGGACCCUGGCAGCUUCCUGCAGGAGGUCACCACGCCAGCGGGGCAGUUGACCUACGCCACCAAGGCGCUGCUGGAGGAGAGGCAGGUGCCGGAGAGCCUGCGGAACCCUCGCCAGCUCAUCAGCCAGCCCCCGACCACGCUGCUGACGCCUGUCGCGGACGUUGCAGAUGCCUUCUGGAGGGGUACGGAGUGGGGCCGGGACAUGCUGGCCAGACUCGACAGCGGCAAGCCGGGGAAGGGGGCGGCCGAGCCCCUACCCACCACCCGAUACGCCAACAGCUGGGUGUUCCUGGCGGGCAUGGUGCUGAAGCGGCAGUCGCUGCUGACGCUGGUGCGGGGGCGGGCCUUCAUGAUCGCCCGCGCCGUCCAGGCGCUGGUCAUGGCGCUGAUCAUCGGCUCGCUGUUCGUGGACAUCCAGCCCAGCCCAGACUCCUGGCGCAAGGUCAUCGCGCUGUGCGCGCUGACCACCAUCUUCCUGGUCAUGAUGAGCACGCCGCAGCUCUCCCUGGUGUUCAUGACCAAACACGUCUUCUUCAAGCACCGUGACAACCGCCUCUUCCCGGCCUGGUCGUAUGCCUGCGGGCUGGCGCUGACCCAGGUCGUGCCCUCCACCCUGGAGGCCCUGCUCUUCUGCAUCCCCGUCUACUUCAUGGUCAACUUUGAGCGCACCGCGGGGCACUUCUUCACCUUCCUCCUGGUCGCCUGGUCCUGCAGCAACUGCCUGGCGGGCCUCUUCCGCCUCAUCGCCUUCUCCACACCCUCCUUGUUGGUCGGAAACCCGGUGACUGGUCUCGUCAUCCUCAUCCUCGUCAUCACAAACGGGUUCUCCAUUGUCUACCCCGACAUCCCCAAGUACAUCGUGUGGAUCUACUACAUCAACCCCCUUGCCUGGACGGUCCGGGCAGUGUCCAUCAACGAGCUCAUGAGCCCGCAGUGGCAGUUCCCCGGGCCACCUGCCGGGGGAGGCAUGACCCAGGGCGAGUUUGCGCUGUCCGUGUUCGGCAUGAGCACCAACACCAUCUUCAUCUGGAUGUCCGUCGUGUUCUCCUGGGUGUUCCUGCUGAUCUUCACCAUCCUGGGAGCCUUGGCCCUGACCAUCACCGACCCGCCCAAGCCCAGGCCCACCAUCGCCGCGGAGGAGGGCAAGGAGGAGGUGAAGCGCUCCGUCUUUAGCACUGUCGGGAGGAUGGCCAGCAUGACCUCACGGGCGGUCUCCGCGCUUUCAAGCCGUCACAGCAACGCCUCGGGCAACCUGGAGACCCUCACCUCGAUUGAGCUCCAGGCCCUGCCCGCCAAGCACGUCAUCAUCCCCUUCACCCCCAUCACCCUGGUGUGCCGCGGCAUCGAGUACUACGUGCCGGACCCGGCCAAGGGCAAGGGCUCCGGCAGGGGGAUUGUGAAGGGCACGGGGGACGCCGAGCUGGACGGCAAGCUGCAGCUCCUGCACGACAUCAGCCUGGUGGCCGAGCCUGGCAGGCUCAUGGCCCUCAUGGGGGGGUCAGGCGCCGGGAAGACCACGCUCAUGGACGUCAUCUGCGGCCGCAAGACAGUGGGCGUCAUCCGGGGCGACAUCCUCGUGAAUGGCCACCCAAAGGACCAGGCCACCUGGUCGCGAGUGGUCGGGUACGUGGAGCAGACAGACAUCCACUCGGCACCCGUGACAGUGCGCGAAUCCCUCCUCUUCUCUGCGCGCCUACGGCUGGAGGAGAGCGUUUCCUAUGACCAGGUCAAGUCUAUCGUGGAGGAGACCCUGCUGAUGGUGGAGCUGGAUCGGAUCGCGGGGCGCGUGGUGGGUGGCGACGGCUCCGGCAUCUCCAUUGAGCAGCGCAAGCGGCUGAGCAUUGCAGUGGAGCUCGUGGCCAACCCAUCGGUGGUUUUUAUGGAUGAACCCACGUCGGGCCUGGAUGCGAGGGCAGCCGCCAUCGUCAUGCGAGCGGUGCGGAACGUGGCAGACAGCCAGCGAACCGUCAUGGUGACCAUCCAUCAGCCGAGCCUGGAGAUCUUCGAGUCCUUUGAUGCCAUGGUCCUGCUCCAGCGUGGUGGUCGGCUCACCUACUUUGGGGAUCUGGGGUACGAGAGCUCGACCCUGGUGGCAUACCUGGAGGCCCAGCCAGGGGUGGAGCCCAUCCGCCCCGGGUACAAUCCCGCUACCUGGAUGCUGGAGGUGACUGGCGGGUCCAUGAGCACCACCUUCAAGGACGCUGGGCAGGACUUCCCCACCCUCUACAAGGCGAGCUCGCUGUACCAGGCAAACGAGACGCAUGCCGCGCACGUGAUGGCGGUGGGGGCGGCGACGCACCGCCCCCUGAGCCUGAGCUCCCAGUUCGCGGUGUCCCACGCCAUGCAGCGCCGCUGGCUCAUCCGCAAGUUCUGCAAGAUGUACUGGUACCUGCCCGAGUACAACAUGACCCGCAUCAUGCUGACCGUCGUCAUCUCCCUGGUCUACGGCGCCACCUACUUCGACCAGGGCCGCAUCCCGACUGACGGCUCGCUGAACGUGGCACGCGUGCAAAACGUGUCGGGGCUCAUCUUCUCCAUGUCCAUGUUCCUGGGCAUGUUCAACUGCAUGUCCAUCAUGCCCUUCAUCUCCGCCGAGCGCACCGUGUUCUACCGGGAGCGGGCCGCCGCCAUGUAUGCGCCUGGGCCAUACACGCUGGCCACCUCCAUCGCUGAGAUCCCCUACCUCCUCAUCCAGACCGUCAUCAUGGCGGCCAUCUCCUACUGGAUGGUGGGCUUCGACCCCGUGGCCUGGAAGUUCUUCUACUUCCUGCUCAUGUUUGGGCUCAGCCUGACCAUGUACACGCUGUUUGGGCAGUUCCUCAUCUACCUCACGCCAAAUCAGCUGCUGGCAAUGCUCCUCGCCGCCGCCUUCAAUCAGCUCUGGGCCAUCUUCAAUGGUUUCCUGAUGCCAUACCCGUCCAUCGGCCAGGGUUGGAAGUGGAUGAACAGGAUCAGCCCCUCCACCUGGUCGCUGUAUGGGCUCACAUGCAGUCAGCUGUGCGAUCAGGAUGUGCCCAUGGCCGAUCUGGCUGGGCAGGAAACCACGGUUUCGGCAUUUGUGGAGGAAUAUUUUGGCUGGGAGUAUGGCUUCAUCUGGUGGUGUGCGCUCAUCCUCUUGGCAUACUGCAUCUUCUUCCGAACCGCCUCAGUCAUCCUGCUCAGCAGGGUCAACUUCCUGAAGCGCUGA